AUGAAAAUCCCGCCCUCGCUGUUGAGCUGGCGCAGCGACAGUUGGCGCAGCGAUGGCCGCACUGACAGUUUCUCCAACGAGUACUUCAAGCGCAGGAAUCAGCUGAAGCGGCUGCUCUUUGCGUGCUUGGUGCGAUGGUUUAUGACGGCGGUGUUGGUAAUGGGGACGUACUUGGUGUUGUGGCGGUAUUCGCGGAAGGCGGCCAUGAUCAGCAAUAAGAAGAAGGAGUUCAACACGCUGAUUAUUGCGCUGUCUAUCGCGCUGGGUUUGAAUAUUGCGAGUUCUUUGAAACAUCUCGUGAGGGAGUUGAGGUGGUGGGUUCUGAGUUGGUACGAGUGGAUGCCGAGAGAGGCCGAUUAUAUCCUGCAGAGCGAAAGUUUUAGCUGUCUCUUCCAACUGGGCUAUGUGACGCGUCGGCACUGGGUGAGGGUGUAUGUUUUGUUCUGGGUUUUGGUCAACGUGGCUUCGCAAAUAGCUGUCGCGACGCUUGGCCUGACUUACAACAUUAACUCGGCCGAUACAAUCGCCGUGACCACACCUGGGAUUGUCGCCAUACCAGACAUGAGCAAUAUCCAGACCGGCAAAGUUCUAUCGUCUAAUUCACAAGCCAUCAGUGCUCUGAGAUACACUGCAAACAACUAUGGCCUUGUCGCUCUUGCAUACGGAUUCGGCGACAUCGAUGAGAUGCCCAAGGCCGGAAGUCUCUUUAACUCGGAUGGAGAUUUGAUGUAUUGUGACUUGGAUUCAUGCUAUUAUGUCUUCUACGAAGCAACACCAGAUAACCUGGAUUACUACCAGUCGGUGGCGACGAACCGAUCGAUAUCUACGCAGGCAACAUGUCAGAGUUGGAGGGUUCUCAAGGGGGGAGAUGGGACACAGCGCACAAUUACCAUUGACAACGCAAACAAGACCCAGCUAACGAUUCCCGCUCAGAAUGGAGGAUCGCAAACAACCUUCAUGGUAGAUCCCGAUCGUGGGUCCGGGCCGACGUGGGGGCAUGUCUUGGCGUUUGAAGCCUCGGCAACAGAUCCGUGGUUUUACAACUGCAACGUCACCAUAGGGCCGGUUACUAAUGUCCAGAACCCGUUACAGGAUGUCGGCGUCAACGUAACCAGUUUGGCCGCCUCAGCCAUCGCCCUACAGGGCUACGGCGCUUCGACCAUCGGAGUCAGCUUCAACAGCACCAGGCACUUCCAGUUCCAGAGCUAUCCAGCUGAAUCUUACUACGGAGGACCCCAAGGAGGCAAUAAUACCGGUAUGGGUCAGCUUAUGGCAUCCUUUGCUGUCGGUGUCGUUGCUAUCACGGCGCAAGUCAACACAAAUAUCAACGCCACGGGAUUGCUGCCCUUGAAGGGCAUCGAGCUGGACAUCACCAGCUGGACGUAUGUACAUAUAAUCUUGGGUUUGACGGUCGGGCUGCAGCUGCUGCUGGCGGUGAUUGCGGCCGUGAUUGCGAGCAAGGUAACGAUAAGGGACCAUAGCUGUGUUGGCUUGGCGGCUACACUGCAGCCUUUGCUGUGGAAGCUGGAUAACAGCGGAAGUAGCCGGACGACGUGCGAAAAGAGGAUAUUCGAGAGGCUUGGGGAUGGGGUGAGAGUGAGUUACGUUAAAGGGAGAAGCGGUUUAUACUAUAUAAAAGUAGACGAGUAA